UGUACGAUUGUACCGUCUUCCUCGUCAAGCUUUCUUCUCUUAUAUAUUAAUCGCCCUUUGGAUCUGUCGCUCAAACAUGCACAGACACGAAGACGACGACAGAGAUGAUCUACAAUGGCGAUAUCAAAACUUGUCGUUACCCUUUUCUUCUCUCUCUCUCUCUCUGCGUGUUCCUCGCCCCUUCGCUUUCAGCCCCGCAUGCAGCGUCCAUGGCCGUCAAGUAUAUAUUGCUACGAGAUCGACUAUGCUGUGAAGGUGACUAGGGCUGACGUAACACCUUGGCCGGUGAAGAGAGGCGUCAACGCCACUUUCAAUUUCACUGCUGCCACAGGUGAUGGUGUUGGAUAUUUAUUAUAUAGGAAAUAUAUGAUUGAGGGUGAAUUCUCCAUUCAAAUAAUGUUAAUAGACAACGAAAAAGAUGAAGAUCGAGUUGACAUGUGUCACCUUCGACUAUACUCCAACUUCGAGGACAACCUUGGACUUAUUGCAAAUUAAAAUUCAUGGGAGUUCCUUCUAAAUUUCUCGUGUAACAUGACAUGGUCAUGCUCUGAGUCACAAGAAUAAAUGGAUUUGAAAUUAUGUUUUGUUACUUUAUCUUCUUUGUAAUCUUGAUGCAUACACUUCAUU